AUGGGUUGCUGUUUGUCUAGUGAACCCCGAGAAGAACAAGACAGGAAAGCCAGAGAGAAGCUGAAGAAAGCCAAAAUCAUCUUUGUGGUGGGCGGGCCUGGCUCAGGUAAGGGCACCCAGUGCGAGAAGAUUGCACAGAAAUAUGGCUACACCCAUCUCUCCACCGGGGACCUGCUGCGGGCCGAAGUCAGCUCAGGAUCGGAGAGGGGCAAGAUGCUGUCGUCCACCAUGGAAAAGGGGCAGCUGGUGCCACUGGAGAUAGUGCUGGAAUUGCUCCGGGAGGCAAUGAUGGCCAAAGUGGAUUCUUCCAGCGGCUUCCUGAUUGAUGGCUACCCGAGGGAAGUGAAGCAGGGAGAAGAGUUUGAACAACGGAUUGGACAGCCCUCGAUGCUACUGUAUGUGGAUGCAGGUGCUGAUACCAUGACCCAACGACUCCUGAAGCGAGGGGAGACUAGUGGCCGUGUGGAUGAUAAUGAGGAGACCAUCAAGAAGAGGCUGGAGACCUAUUACAAGGCCACAGAGCCUGUCAUUUCCUUUUAUGAGAAGCGUGGCAUUGUGCGAAAGGUCAAUGCCGAAGGCACAGUGGAUACUGUCUUCUCCCAGGUCUGCGGUUACCUGGAUUCCCUGAAGUAACUGGAGCCCUUGGCCAGCUCCCACCCGCCCCACCCUUGCCCCCUGACCCCAAGCAUCCUGGUUUGAGCCCAGCGCCUCCACCCUACUGGGCUGUGCACAGACACAGGAAACUGCUUUAUCCUGUUCCAUGGACAUUUGAGCACUAAAGGAAUUGCCAAGGACGUUUGGGCUCACUCCCUUUUCUUUGCUUCCUUUGAGGUGAUUCAUGCUGCCACAGCCAAGGCCCCAGCACUACAUGCCCAUUCUUGCCUGUGCCUCUGUGUCUUGUCUCCCUCCAACUCUGCUGGGAUCCUAGGCCCUUCAUUAGCCCAGCCAUGUCAAACCUGGGGACUCCUGGGUUGACAGACAGACAGCUCCUGGGCUCUGAAGCUCUGAAGCUCAGCCUCUUUCUCAUAAUCAUAGCUUUGGCUCGAAGCCAUCAUCUAUUUGGAGUGAGUUUUUUUUUUUUUUUUUUUAAGACAGCAUCCCAUGUGUCUCAAGCUGGCCUCACACCUGCUGUGUAACUGAGGACAGCCUUGGUCCUACUGCCUCCACAUCUCUUGAGUGGUGAGAUUACAGGUGUGCUCCACCACCCCUCCCGGGUUACAGGGUGCUGGGGAUCAAUCCCCCCGUGGCCUUGUGUACCCUAAGCCAGCACUCUAGAAUUGAGCCACAUCCCCAGGCUGGGCAGCUUUUCGAUGCCUGACUGGGGCUGGGACUGCAAUAGGCAAAGGGCCAUGGGCACACCAGGUGGAGCCACAUGGCUACCAGGUGGCAGGAGCUAUGCAGUGCACAUACAGCUAGGUGGGAAGUUGAGGUUAGGCGUGGUCUUCCUGAGGAGAGGUUUCAAAGGCUCCCCUGGUAUGGCCUUGGCCAGGCGUCACCACCCUUUGAGCUGUUUCCAUUUCUAAAACUUGUUCUGUUCUGUUGUAUCCCAGCCCUUAGCCUCAGUGUUAGGAAAAGAACAUACUGAUCAAGGAGGAUGAGUUGUCACAGGCCUGGAACCUGGAGAGGACACCCAGGGGUCUCCAGAAGAGCUGGCACCUCUCAUCACAUAGGAAGGCUCUGUUGGUGCUCACCUAUCCUUGACCCCUGUCCCCAUCACUAGUGACUUGCCCUCUAGGCCCAGAUAGCCCGUAGCCAACUGCCUCAGGGACGCCUGCCUGCCCCUGGGGGUGAUGGUACUCCUUUCUUUUACUGCCACUGGGGCCACCUUUUCUUUUGCAUCAUCUAUUUAAGCUGUUCUUUAAAAUAAACAAACAUUUCAGUUAUAAAA